UAUGAUAGAGGAACUUCAAUCUGAUGGUAGAUUUCUCCUUGUGAAGAGGCCAGAUGAAGGUUUACUUGCUGGCGUCUGGGAGUUUCCAUCUGUCCUGUUGGGGGCAGAGACUGACUUGGCCACGAGGAGAAAUGCUAUUGAUAAGUUUUUGAAGAAGUCUUUCAAUCUAGAGUAAGCUGUGUGUUAUAUUUAGACUUUUCUUUGCUUGUGAUGGCAUGAAGGUGGGAUGUAUGUUUUGCAUGAAAAAGCAGACAACAAAACUAUGUCUUGGAAAUCUGUCGAUAGCAAGACCCUUUCAAGCAUGGGAUUAACAUCUGGAGUAAGAAAGGUUUACUCUAUGAUUGAGAAGUUCAAGCAAAACAAAUCUAAACCCAUCCCAGGAAAAGCAAGAAAGAAAAAGAAAUCAUGAAACUAAAGGGUGCGUGACGUAGUCAAUCAAGAUGCUAAUUGUGUAGAUUGCUUCAAGGUUUUCUCUUCCAGAAGGCUGCACCAUUUGGUUGGGCAAUUGUCAUUGGUCAAAUUUUGGAGAACUUAUUGACGAUAUUUCAAGACAAAGUCAUCUUUGCAUUUACUAUAUGUGCUGCAAGGUUGUUUUUCAUCAUGUGAGAUGAUCCAAUGCCGUGAUGUAACUUAUUUGCAGUUGUAAACUAACUCACUGUGCUUUAACAUUAUUGCCAAUACUAUUGUUGUUCAUGUUAUUACUA